AUGGAGAUUGGCACAGAAAUAAGCAAGAAAAUACGGGUGAGGUCAUGUCGAUACUAUUUGUCUUGGCAACGUAGUUAGCUAGCUACCGGUACCACCACCUGAGAAACACUAUUUUCAUCCCCACUUCGAUACGGAAGUGACUUUUUCGUAGCAUGUUAGGAGACUGAGAUUAAGGUUGGGAAAGGAGUUAGGGUUAGCGAAAAUGCUCUCCAACCAUCGAAGUCGCGUGAAAAGUGUGUUCCACGUCACUUUGCAACGAAAACUAGCGUUUCUAUUUGACAGAUUCAGGUAGGUACCGCCCUGUUUGCUGCAAGGUGUCCAAUAGAAACGCUCGUUUUCGUUGCAAAACAGAACGUUUUACCAACUGUUUGGAGUAACGGGGUGUAAUCAGUAGUCCAAAAAGUUGCAAAACGCAACUAAAACGAGAGUUUAUAUUGGACAAUUUCAGGUAGGUCCAUCCCAGUUUGCUUCCGUUUAAGAAACGUUUUGCAACAGAAUCGGCAGAAUGAAUACACCAUAAGUAACGCUAGCUAGAUAACCCAUGAGACAAUUUGUGUAAAUGUCGAAAAUACAAUGACAUCAAAUUACUUUAUGCUUGCAUUUUGUCUUGAUAAUAAUUGCGCUGAACGUUAUCCAGAUAAAUAUAUCUUCGUUGGCUAGCCAGGCAAGGGAAUACGAGAGAGCCAUUGCAAACUGGGACAUGUAACGUUACAGUAGCUAGGUUGUAUAUUUGACCAAGGCUGGCAAUUCAGUGUAUAUAUAUAUAUUUUUUUUUAAAGGCUGCUAUCAAGGGGAAACUUCAAGAACUCGGUGCCUAUGUUGGUAAGUAUGAAUAUCAUCUGCUUUUGAUCUCAUGUGCAUCUGCUGCAAUCUGACUGUUUACCUUCUAAAAUGAGUUGAAGAAUCCCUUGCUUCAGAUGUGAUUUGUUUUACUAUUGUCACUGUCUCUCUCCAGAUGAAGAACUACCAGACUAUAUCAUGGUUAUGGUGGCCAACAAGAAGACUUCACAGCAGAUGUCUGACGACCUGGCCCUCUUCCUUGGAAACAACACCAUCACGUUUACUUUCUGGUAUGUAGCUAGGCCCGGUCCCAGAUCUGGUUGUACUAUCUUGCCAAAUUCUAAGGUAAUUGAAUCGCUGUUUGGCAAGACGGCACAAACAGAUCUGGGACCGGGUUACAGCUAGUUCGGUGUCUUGAGUUCAGAGGGGUAACUAUGUAUGAUCUAUUUCCAUGGGUGUAAACACUUCUCCUAAACCUGGCGUGUUGUCAUUAACAGGUUACAUGGAGUCCUGGAGAAACUGAGGUCUGUGGCAGUAGGUAAGUUCACAGGUUACAUGGAGGCCUGGAGAAACUGAGGUCUGUGGCAGUAGGUAAAUUCCGGUAACACCAAAGGAGUCUGUGCCUUCACUGAAAGUAAUACUGUAGCGAAUGGUGGGAGAGGGUAUCGUCCUUUCAGAGAUUAGAAGAACCCGAGUUGGGUUUGUAACAGACUUCAAGGCCAGGGUCGUUACAAUACUAUAAUAUUAUGUCAUAUUUUUUUGUGUGUGUGUUGAGUGUCUACUCUCUCCUGUUCUUGAAUAGAGAGAGCACUUGUUUUAAAAUGCAUUGUAUCUGUUGAAAUGUUUUAUCUGUCCUUGUGUAACUAAAUUGACAAUCUCUCUCUGUGUAUAUCUAGAACCAGCGUCCCUGAGGUCUCCGCUCUACUCGGACACCUCAGCAGGGAAGAGCGAGAGGAAGGGCGGGGGCUCACAGGGGCUUGCGGUGUCCAGUUUGCUCUCUGAUAGGACGGAGGCCCGCGUGUCCAGCUCCGCCCAUGAGCACAGGUAAGUGUUGCUGUUGUAUUGAUUUUGAAACGUGAUUAAAUGUUGAAAAGAGCACUGUUCUAGUUGGCUUCGAUAAUGUGGAAGAUCCUUAACACUAACGCAUAACACCUCUGAAGACAUGCAUGUUGUUCAAUGAUAUGGCGCUUCAGCAUUUUAUCAGAAACAAAUAGGGUGAAACAGCCCAGCUUUGACUCACACACUGACAGUACUGUCAUUCUGUCCAGAAGGGUCUCCUCAGACAAGACCUCCUCGUCCCGCCUCACCUCCACGGUCAAGCCCCUGGUGGACUCCUCCGAGGCCGUCAUCGACAUCAAGCCUGAGCUGGACGAUGACCUCAUCGGCGAGGACCCCGUGGACAUGGGCGUCCUGCCUGGUCGCCUGCGUGGAUCUACCUCCGGAGGAGGAGGAGGAGGGGGGCGGGCGUCGGCCCAGAUCUACCGGCCGCCCCAGGGCAGGCUCUCCUCCGGGACAGGCAGGUCGGCAGACGCCUACAGGUCCUCAGAGGGGUCCUCGGAGUCUCACAGCAGGCAGCAGCACGGCAGCCAAUACCUGGACAGUAGGAGCAGCAGAGACGGCAGGGUACAGGUAACCUUCACCACACUGUGUGUGGAUGUGGCCCAUGUUAGUUAGGAUGGUGAAUAACCGGAGGACAGAAAAUGCUCUUACACCUCCAAGUCAAUAUUGGGUUUCCCUUCUGUCACUAACUGUCUUGUCUGGUGCUGUUGUCUCCAGCAACAGGAGGGGGUAUCGAGGAAGCGUAGGGCCCCAGUGGUGAGCUCCGUGGUGCGGGUGAACCAGACGGCUGACGAGGGUCCAGACAGUGAUGAGCUGGAGGAGGAGGAGGAGGAUGACGAGGAGGAUGAAGGAUACGGAGUCAAGAGCAUGUCCAGUAGAGUGUCCCUGCCUUCCAAGCCAGAACGCAAGUAAGAGAACUCACACACACCAUCACUGUCUCUCUCUUUUACGCUCUCCUGUUCAUUAAGGUUCAUCUGGUCUGUGUUUCUUUUGCUUCUUGUUUUGCUAAGUAGCAGCUCUUAGUCCUAGUUAAAGUGAAAACCUUAGGACAGUUAGUUAGCGUGAACCUUAGGACAGUUAGUUAGCGUGAACCUUAGGACAGUUAGUUAGCGUGAACCUUAGGACAGUUAGUUAGCGUGAACCUUAGGACAGUUAGUUAGCGUGAACCUUAGGACAGUUAGUUAGCGUGAACCUUAGGACAGUUAGUUAGCGUGAACCUUAGGACAGUUAGUUAGCGUGAAAACCUUAGGAAGGACAGGUAUUUAGCGUGGGAACCGUUAGUUAGUUAACUGUCCGUCCUAAACUGUCUGUAUCCGGUUUUAAACAUCCCUUUCUUGUCUUACACAUAAAUUGUACACUUCAUUGUUGGUGUCCCCAGUGUGUUGUCUGUGUGUUGACCUAUGUCUCUGUGGGUUUCUAGACCCUCCCUUCCCCCGGCCAAACAGGCCAACAAGAACCUGCUGAUGAGGGCUAUUGCUGAGGCCCAGAUCUCCAUCAACAAGACUACAGCCUACCCAGCUGGUAUGUCUCACUCUGUCUUCACUGUCUGUCUAUCUGUCUGAGUGAAGAUGAUUACCUUAUUAUAGUCAUCCCUAAAGGUUCAGAAAAUAUGGUUCCUUUGCCCCUUCCUGUUGCAAUGAUGCCUUCGCUGUCUCACUGUCAAUCUGCCUGAAUGAAGAAUACAUCUAACUAUAAGACACGAAGCCUACCCAUAAUGCAUUGCCCUGUUUAUUAUCCUGACACCUGGGUCGUAUUCACUAGGCACCAAAUGGAUAAAACGGACUGAAAUGUUGAGGGACUAACCACUACCUGAACGUGUUAAAUAAGAAACCCUUGUUUUAGUUUUUCGUUGCAAAAUGCUUUACUACGUUGUGUACUAAUGAGUACGACCCUGUUGCCUUCAUGUCUUCCCCCCCAGUACCACAGAGACAGACAGUUCCCGUGGCUCCCAGGACCCGUUCAGCCAGCGACGAGAUGAACGCAGCCAUCCAGCUGGUUCAGGAGCACCUCCACGGCCUUGCCCCCAGGGGGCAGACUUACCCCCUCUCAGAGUCUCAGCCCCACAGGCAGCUAGGUACAGUGCAUUGGGAAAGUCUUCAGACCCCUUGACUUUUUCCGCAUUUUGUUACGUUACAGCUUUAUUCCAAAAAAAUGAUUAAAUUGUUUUUUUCCCUCAUCAAUCUACACACAAUACCCCAUAAUGACAAAGCAAAAACUGGUUUUCAGAUGUUUUUAUAAUGUUUAUUUUGCAGAUGUAUUAAACAUACAAAACAGAAAUAUUACAUUUUACAUAAGUAUUCAGACCCUUUACUCAGUACUUUGUUGAAGCACCUUUGGCAGCGAUUACAGCCUCGAGUCUUCUUGGGUAUGAUGCUACAAGCUUGGCACACCUGUAUUUGGGGAGAUUCUCCCAUUCUUCUCUGCAGAUCCUCUCAAGCUCUGUCAGGUUGGAUGUGGAGCGUUGCUGCACAGCUAUUUUCAGGUCUCUCCAGAGAUAUUCGAUCGGGUUCAACUCUGGGCUCUGGCUGGGCCACUCAAGGACAUUCAGAGACUAGUCCUGAAGCCACUCAUGCGAUGUCUUGGCUGUGUGCUUAAGGUCGUUGUCCUGUUGGAAGGUGAAUCUUCGCCCCAGUCUGAGGUCCUGAGCGCUCUGGAGCAGGUGUUCGUCAAGGAUCUCUCUGUACUUUGCUCCGUUCAUCUUUCCCUCGAUCCUGAUAAGUCUCCCAGUCCCUGCUGCUGAAAAACAUCCCCACAGCAUGAUGCUGCCACCACCAUUUUUCACCGUAGGGAUGGUGCCAGGUUUCAUCCAGACGUGACGCUUCGCAUUCAGGCCAAAGAGUUCAAUCUUGGUUUCAUGGUCUGAGAGUCCUUUCGGUGCCUUUUGGCAAACUCAAAGCGGGCUGUCAUGUGCCGUUUAUUGAGGAGUGGCUUCCGUCUGGCCACUCUACCAUAAAGGCCUGAUUGGUGGAGUGCUGCAGAGAUGGUUGUCCUUCUGGAAGGUUCUCCCAUCUCCACAGAGGACCUCUGGAGCUCUGUCAGAGUGACCAUCGGGUUCUUGGACACCUCCCUGACCAAGGCCCUUCUCCCCCGAUUGCUCAGUUUGUCCGGGCGGCCAGCUCUAGGAAGAGUCUUGGUGGUUCCAAACUUCUUCCAUUUAAGAAUGAUGGAGGCCACUGUGUUCUUGGGGACCUUCAAUGCUGCAGACAUUUUUAAUACCCUUCCCCAGAUCUGUGUCUCGACACAAUCCUGUCUCGGAGCUCUACGGACAAUUCCUUCGACCUCAUGGCUUGGGUUUUGCUCUGACAUGCACUGUCAACUGUGGGACCUUUAUAUAGACAGGAGUGUGCCUUUCCAAAUCAUGUCCAAUCAAUUGAAUGUACCCCAGGUGGACUCCAAUCAAGUUGUAGAAACAUCUCAAGGAUGAUCAAUGGAAACAGGAUGCACCUGAGCUCAAUUUCGAGUCUCAUAGUAAAGGGUCAGAAUACCUAUGUAAAUAAGGUAUUUCUGUUUAUAUUUUAAAUACAAAAUAAAAACCUGUUUUAUGCUUUGUUAUUAUGGGGUAUUGUGUGUAGAUUAGCAUUUUUUAAAAACCAUUUUAGAAUAAGGCUGUAACGUAACAAAAUGUGGAAAUCGGGAAGGGGUCUGAAUACUUUCCGAAUGCACUGUAUAUCAAGACACCAAGGCCCAAUCCCAAACCCAACCCCUAAUCCCUCCGCCCUAUGCCCUUGUGGAGAUCUGGGAGGCUUUUAUUAGUAUAGGCAAUCUGGGGAAACCUCCACCUAGCACUACUAUUAUUAUUAUCCAUAUUCAUACACCUGUCAAAUCCACUCAGAUCUCCAUCAGUGCAUCAGGCAUAGGGGUCGAAUUGGGAUUGGGCCCAUGACUUACCAUCUCAUUAGCGGAGCCUGAUUGUUGGUGUUUGUCCUGAUGUAACUGUACUGUCUGGUGUCGUCCUCUAGUCCAGUCCCUGGCCUCUCGGCUGCAGUUAGACGUGCCAGAGGACAUGAGAGCGCAGCACAGUGGCUAUUUAUGUGAGUGUCCUAUUUUAACCCAAAUUUAUUUUCCAACCAUAAUUUUUUUUUCAUUCCGUUCCACUGUUCCGACCUGCGAAAUAAAGUUCUGAACCGGUUCGAAAACCCCAGAAAAGUAACUAUUUAUAUCAUUCCUUUCUGUUCCGUUUUAAACCUUUUUGAAAUUGAUUUUUUUUUCUUUCUACAUUUAUCUCGACAUUAAAUGACUUCACCAAUCAGAGAAGCUUGCUGUGGAGCGGGUCAGCUAUAGCUCAGUGAGUUGUUUACAUGCGUGAUGGAGGACAAGUGUAGGGAGCCAGAUGCAGAGAGCGUGAGAGAGGGUGGAGGAGGCUUGCCUUGAAGCGCUGGGCAUCUUGUGAUGACAUGCAUUAUCUGAAUUAGACCCACAGAAUUAUACCUACGGAGGAACGGCUUCUAUGAAGGACCUUUGAAUGUCUUUGAACUGCAGAGAGUUGCCUUAACGUUGGAUCAGAGCAAACGUUAGCUAGCUAGCAAGCUUCUGUGUUCAGAGCAGCACUAGAAUUAAUAAAAACACGUCUUACCUUUUUGUAGUUAAUAAAUCCAAUGUGAAACGUGAUAACUAUAGUUUCCUCAACUAGCAUUGAAAAAGUUAAUCCAUUCUUCUCUAAUAAAAAUUUCUGAAUCUUUCUUGUAACGUCGGUAGUACAGUAGCCUGUGGGCAGUUAGCCUACACAUGCGUACACAGACACUGGCAAAGAUUUUCAGAUGGCAUGCAGACACUGGAAUACGUUCUUUGUGGGACUGAAAAAAAAAAUGCCCCGGGAACGUUAUUAACCGCUUCCCAUGCUUUUUUAAAAUAACAAUUCUCUUCCGGAACAGUAUAGAUCACUUUUAGUUUUCGGUUCUGGUUUCUGUUCCUUGAAAAAUGUUUGUUAUUUUCUGGUUUUCUGUUCUGUUCCCUGAACCGGUUCCAAUCCCUGGUUUUGACCACAAUAUCCUAACCUUACCUGGGAUUGUAGCCUUGGGAUGCCCAAGUUAAACAUCAGGGCCCAUAUUAAGAGUAGGACUGGGGUGGCAGGUAGCUUAGUGGUUAAGAGCGUUGUUCCGGUAACCGAAAGAUCGCUGGUUCUAAUCCCCGAGCCGACUAGGUGAAAAAUCAGUCUGUGCCCUUGAGCAAGGCACUUAACCCUAAUUGCUCCUGUAAGUCGCUCUGGAUAAGAGCGUCUGCUAAAAUGACUAAAAUGUAAAUGAUCUAGGAUCAGGUCCAUGUAAUCGUAUUCAUUGUGAAUAGACAAGAACAGCUCAAGGACAGAACUAUUUGUCUAACACACCGGGGAGUAGGACUGCUUUGUUUAACUCUUAACUCAGGACACCCCCUUUGACACCCGCUCCUUUAGAUUGACUCCUAUAGUACGCAGUGCAGCCUAUAGCAUCAGGUGGAACGUGUGUAGCUAACUGUAACUGACAACAUGACUAACUCUGUCUUUCCUCCCACCAGUGCCGGAGGUGGCAGAGGGGAGCGGUCUGAAGCCUUUUGACACCCGCUCCUUCAUCGUGAGGAGGUCUGAGCUGGGGGAGGAGGUGGUUCCUGUCAGGAGCAGACUGGGACAACUGGAGCAGGAGGUGAGGAGGAGGAGGAAGAUGAUUAUGAUGAUGAUUAUUAUUUUGUCAUUUUACAGCGUGUCAGCAUAAAAAUACAUGUAGACAGAUAAUAUAUGAUUAAAGUUAAAACAAUUCAACCACUCAUGAAGAUGUACUGUUACCCACUAUUGUAAACUCAAACACACAAUGUUCUUAAUGUUACUUGCCUUUUAAGGUAACAUCAGUUUACAGCAUGUUUUUUUCUAACACAACCAACUAGAACUUUUGUUUACAUUAUAAGCUCAUACAACUGCAUUUAAAGUCAUCAAGGACGACACUGAAGUUUACCAACGUGUUUCCAAUGUGGUCCCGUUAGGUACCUAUGAGGACUAGGCUGGGGUUAGAGGAGGUGGCACCUCCUAUGAGGGGUGGACUGGAGGAGGUGGCAUCUCCUAUGAGGAGUAGACGGGAGGAGACUAUAGUGCCUAUGAGGAGCAGGCUGGGAGCCAUGGUCAAGGAGGAGUUCCUACCAGCUACUCCACGCAUGGUGCAGCCAGCCAGGUAUAUCAUACUGACUACCUUCUUCAUGACUCUCACUGACUACCCUCUUCAUGACUCUCACCGACUACCCUCUUCAUGACUCUCACCGACUACCCUCUCACCGACUACCCUCUUCAUGACUCUCACCGACUACCCUCUCACCGACUACCCUCUUCAUGACUCUCACCGACUACCCUCUCACCGACUACCCUCUUCAUGACUCUCACCGACUACCCUCUUACUGACUCUUACUGACUACCCUCUCACCGACUACCCUCUCACCGACUACCCUCUCACCGACUACCCUCUUCAUGACUACCCUCUUAAUGACUCCGACUGCUGGCUUAGAUAUUUCCGUGACACGUUGUUGCAGCAGCUGGGUUCCAGCAUGGCUGACUGAAAACAAGCUGGCCCCAUAAUAUAUCUGCUGGCCCCAUAAUAUAUCUGAUGGCCCCAUAAUAUAUCUGAUGGCCCCAUAAUAUAUCUGCUGGCCCCAUAAUAUAUCUGAUGGCCCCAUAAUAUAUCUGAUGGCCCCAUAAUAUAUCUGAUGGCCCCAUAAUAUAUCUGAUGGCCCCAUAAUAUAUCUGAUGGCCCCAUAAUAUAUCUGAUGGCCCCAUAAUAUAUCUGCUGGCCCCAUAAUAUAUCUGCUGGCCCCAUAAUAUAUCUGCUGGCCCCAUAAUAUAUCUGCUGGCCCCAUAAUAUAUCUGAUGGCCCCAUAAUAUAUCUGAUGGCCCCAUAAUAUAUCUGAUGGCCCCAUAAUAUAUCUGAUGGCCCCAUAAUAUAUCUGAUGCCAGCCGAGGGGCAUAGAUAGGCUAGUUAGCUAACCAUGCACCUAAACUAGGCUGGAAAUAAACAAAACCGUCAUAAUGCUUUUGUGUGUAUCUCUCCCUCCCUUCCCCCCUCUCCCUCCCUUCCCCCUCUCCCUCCCUUCCCCCCUCUCCCUUCCCUCCCCCCUCUCCCUUCCCUCCCCCCUCUCCCUUCCCUCCCCCCUCUCCCUUCCCUCCCCUCUCCCUUCCCUCUCCCUUCCCUCCCUUCCCCCUCUCCCUUCCUCUUCCCUUCCCUCCCUUCCCCCCCCCCUCCCUCCCCUUCCCCCCUCUCCCUCCUUCCCCUCUCUCCCUUCCCUCCCCCCGCUCCCUUCCCUUCCCCCUCUCCUUCCCUCCCCCCUCUCCCCUUCCCUCCCCCCUCUCCCUUCCCUCCCCCCCCUCUCUCCCCCUCCUCUCUCCUCCCUUCCCCUCCCUCCUCUCCUCCCCCUUCCCCUCCCUCCUCUCCCCCCUUCCCCGUCCCCCCUCCCUCUCCCCCCUUUCCCUGCUCCCUCCCCCCUCUCCCUCCCCUUCCCCCCUCUCCCCCUCUCCUUCCCCCCUCUCCCCUCUCUCUCCCUCUCCCUCCCCUCCCUCCCUCCCCUUCCCUCUCCCUCCCUCCCCUCCCUUUCCUCCCCCUCUACCUUCUCCCCUCUCUCCCUCCCUCUCCCCUCUCCCCUCUUUUCCUCCCCCCUCUCCCCUCUUCCUCCUCCCUAGCCGUGAGAAGUCUGAAGCCGCGAGGUCAGCCAGUCCUAAGUUCAUUGUGACCCUGGAUGGGGUUCCUAGCCCCCUGGGUAACCUAGGAGACUGUGACAUGGAGGCAGAUGACAGUUGUCCUAAACCAGCCAAGACCCCCAUGCCUGACCCCUCCAUCCACCUCAGAACAAAACCCAAACUCAGCAUCUACCACAGACUGCAGGGGGAGCCACAAUACUCAGACGGUAAUAUUUAGUAUUUUACCAGGUUAGCCUCAUUUGAGAUGAACUAUCUCUUUUUUACGAGAGACCUGGCCAAAAUUGCAGCACAGACACAUUUGCAACAUCAAAUACACAGCACUACAGUUUUAAAAAUACAUACAUUUAGACAUUGAACAACCUUUUGUAGCUGAGAUAGCUGUCAGUUACACCAGAGCUCCCUUAGGGUUGGUUUCCACUGCUUCGUGCCCAGUGUUUCUAGUCUGUUUUCUCCCUGACUGGAGAUGUUCACCAGCCACCACUGUCAGUGUCAGCGACCAAACUACCGGAAAUCACUAUUUUCCGAUGGAAAGCGGUUCUGCCAAGGUGAGGAGGCUUUUGGGCAUUUUGCAGUAGGAAUGCAACCAGAGUUGAGCAAGGUUGACCUUCAUGGAAAUCAUCAGUGAAGUCGCGAUCAGGGAGGGAGGAUGUUGGAAGACAGAUUUGACACAAACAAUGACAUUCUAGACGAUUCUGUGCUUACAACUUUGUGGCAACAGUUUGGGGAAGGCCCUUUCCUGUUUCAGCAUGACAAUGCCCCUGUGCACAAAGCGAGGUCCAUACAGAAAUGGUUUGUCGAGAUCGGUGUGGAAGAACCAACAUCUAGUGGAAAGCCUUCCCAGAAGAGUGGAGGCAGUUAUAGCAGCAAAGGGGGGACCAACUCCAUAUUAAUGUCCCAUGAUUUUCAAAUGAGAUGUUCGACGAGCAGGUGUCCACAUACUUUUGGUCAGGUAAUGUAUCUCAUCCUAUCAUGUCAUCCCUCUGUUUCAGAAGAAGGGAUGGAGGAGGCGGGUCCUGUGAAGAGACAGAAGGUUCUGGAGCGGUGCAAGUUCUGGCCUGUCUGUAAGAGUGGAGACAACUGUGUCUUCCAUCACCCCACUACACAGUGCAAGUAGGUACCACCACCCCACAGUAGGUUCCACCACCCCACAGUAGGUACCACCACCCCACAGUAGGUUCCACCACCCCACAGUAGGUUCCACCACCCCACAGUAGGUUCCACCACCCCACAGUAGAUUCCACCACCCCACAGUAGAUUCCACCACCCCACAGUAGGUUCCACCACCCCACAGUAGGUUCCACCACCCCACAGUAGGUACCACCACCCCACAGUAGGUACCACCACCCCACAGUAGGUUCCACCACCCCACAGUAGGUUCCACCACCCCACAGUAGGUUCCACCACCCCACAGUAGGUUCCACCACCCCACAGUAGGUUCCACCACCCCACAGUAGGUUCCACCACCCCACAGUAGGUUCCACCACCCCACAGUAGGUACCACCACCCCACAGUAGGUUCCACCACCCCACAGUAGGUUCCACCACCCCACAGUAGGUUCCACCACCCCACAGUAGGUACCACCACCCCACAGUAGGUUCCACCACCCCACAGUAGAUUCCACCACCCCACAGUAGAUUCCACCACCCCACAGUAGAUUCCACCACCCCACAGUAGGUUCCACCACCCCACAGUAGGUUCCACCACCCCACAGUAGGUUCCACCACCCCACAGUAGGUUCCACCACCCCACAGUAGGUUCCACCACCCCACAGUAGGUUCCACCACCCCACAGUAGGUUCCACCACCCCACAGUAGGUUCCACCACCCCACAGUAGGUUCCACCACCCCACAGUAGGUACCACCACCCCACAGUAGGUACCACCACCCCACAGUAGGUUCCACCACCCCACAGUAGGUUCCACCACCCCACAGUAGGUUCCACCACCCCACAGUAGGUUCCACCACCCCACAGGGUGGUACCCCACAGUAGGUUCCACCACCCCACAGUAGGUUCCACCACCCCACAGUAGGUUCCACCACCCCACAGUAGGUUGGUACCCCACAGUAGGUUCCACCACCCCACAGUAGGUUCCACCACCCCACAGUAAGUGUUUUUGACUGAUGCCCUCAAUGGAGUGAUACAGGUUAUGCAAAAUGUAAUGUAGGAAUAUUAACACCUGUAAAGCAUUGUGCUGAAAUGUGGUUUUAGACUUUUAGCUGCAGAGUCACUGAUACCUUUUAUAUUGACUUAACUCAUGUUUCCUUCCCCAUCUCUGUGGCCAGGGCCUUUCCCAGCUGUAAGUUUGGGGACAAAUGCCUGUUCGUCCAUCCGAACUGUAAAUUUGACGGCAAGUGUUCCAAACCAGACUGCCCCUUUACCCACGUCAGCCGCAGAGGCCCCGCCCCCUACACACCCCCAGCCAGACCUGGUAUAUGUACACACCUUUUAUGGUCUUUUAACAGAAGCUUUUAUCCAAAGCAAUGUACAGUUCAUAGUAAGACAUGUUUCUUAUAGUAUGGCUGUUGAGAUACGGUCUUCAUUGGGCCAACAUUGUCCUUCACUGGCCCAACAGUGACCUUCAAUGGGCCAACAGUGACCUUCACUGGGCCAACAGUGACCUUCACUGGGCCAAAUUGCAUGUGGCUUUUGAAGUUUGUAGGAAGUUAGAAUUUUUCUAAAAGCGGUGUUGUUUCUUGGUUUUGUCGUCCUGCAGUGCCUCCACCUCAGUCCAGAAGUGUGUGUCGUUUCUUCCCGGAGUGUAAGAAGACAGACUGCCUCUUCUACCACCCCAAGGUCAGAUCCCGAUAAUGGUAACGGUUGAGUGGUUGAUGGUGUGUCUGUGUCCACCCCGAGGUCAGAUCCCGAUAACGGUUGAGUGGUUGAUGGUGUGUCUGUGUCCACCCCAAGGUCAGAUCCCGGUAACGGUAACGGUUGAGUGGUUGAUGGUGUGUCUGUGUCCACCCCGAGGUCAGAUCCCGAUAACGGUUGAGUGGUUGAUGGUGUGUCUGUGUCCACCCCGAGGUCAGAUCCCGAUAACGGUUGAGUGGUUGAUGGUGUGUCUGUGUCCACCCCGAGGUCAGAUCCCGGUAACGGUUGAGUGGUUGAUGGUGUGUCUGUGUCCACCCCGAGGUCAGAUCCCGAUAACGGUUGAGUGGUUGAUGGUGUGUCUGUGUCCACCCCAAGGUCAGAUACCGAUAACGGUUGAGUGGUUGAUGGUGUGUCUGUGUCCACCCCGAGGUCAGAUCCCGAUAACGGUUGAGUGGUUGAUGGUGUGUCUGUGUCCACCCCGAGGUCAGAUCCCGAUAACGGUUGAGUGGUUGAUGGUGUGUCUGUGUCCACCCUGAGGUCAGAUCCCGAUAACGGUUGAGUGGUUGAUGGUGUGUCUGUGUCCACCCCGAGGUCAGAUCCCGAUAACGGUUGAGUGGUUGAUGGUGUGUCUGUGUCCACCCCGAGGUCAGAUCACCGAGUAACGGUUGAGUGGUUGAUGGUGUGUCUGUGUCCACCCGAGGUCAGAUCCCGUAACGGUUGAGUGGUUGAUGGUGUGUCUGUGUCCACCCCAGGUCAGAUACCGAUAACGUUGAGUGUGAUGUGUCUGUGUCCACCCCGAGGUCAGAUCCCGUAACGGUUGAGUGGUUGAUGGUGUGUCUGUGUCCACCCACGAGUCAGAUCCGAUACGGUUGAGUGGUUGAUGGUGUGUUGUGUCCACCCAGAGGUCAGGAUACCCGAUAACGGUUGAGUGGUUGAUGGUGUGUCUGUGUCCACCCGAGGUCAGAUCCCGAUAACGGUUGAGUGUUGAUGUGUGUCUGUGACCCGAGUCAGGAACCCACGACAUAGUAUCAUGACUGGAGUAGUCUGUUCACCCGGCAGGUAUGACACACGUUAACGUGAUGGCCUGUACUUUCCACCCCAGUGCAGGUACCACCAUACACGCCUAGUGGAUUUCUAGGCCCAGGCAGGCCCUCAAGUGGACUAAGGCCCUCAGUAACCACCCAUCAAGUAUAUUACCCAGGCAGGUAACCACACAUUAUACAUACCUAGUAUUAUCUACCCAGGGCAGGUAACCACACAUUAUACAUACCUAGUAUUAUCUACCCAGGGCAGGUAACCACACAUUAUACAUACCUAGUAUUAUCUACCCAGAGCAGGUAACCACACAUUAUACAUACCUAGUAUUAUCUACCCAGAGCAGGUAACCACACAUUAUACAUACCUAGUAUUAUCUACCCAGGGCAGGUAACCACACAUUAUACAUACCUAGUAUUAUCUACCCAGAGCAGGUAACCACACAUUAUACAUACCUAGUAUUAUCUACCCAGAGCAGGUAACCACACAUUAUACAUACCUAGUAUUAUCUACCCAGGGCAGGUAACCACACAUUAUACAUACCUAGUAUUAUCUACCCAGAGCAGGUAACCACACAUUAUACAUACCUAGUAUUAUCUACCCAGAGCAGGUAACCACACAUUAUACAUACCUAGUAUUAUCUACCCAGAGCAGGUAACCACACAUUAUACAUACCUAGUAUUAUCUACCCAGAGCAGGUAACCACACAUUAUACAUACCUAGUAUUAUCUACCCAGAGCAGGUAACCACACAUUAUACAUACCUAGUAUUAUCUACCCAGGGCAGGUAACCACACAUUUAUACAUACCUAGUAUUAUCUACCCAGGGCAGGUAACCACACAUUAUACAUACCUAGUAUUAUCUACCCAGGGCAGGUAACCACACAUUAUACAUACCUAGUAUUAUCUACCCAGAGCAGGUAACCACACAUUAUACAUACCUAGUAUUAUCUACCCAGGGCAGGUAACCAGGUAACCACACAUUAUACAUACCUAGUAUUAUCUACCCAGGGCAGGUAACCACACAUUAUACAUACCUAGUAUUAUCUACCCAGAGCAGGGAACCACACAUUAUACAUACCUAGUAUUAUCUACCCAGAGCAGGUAACCACACAUUAUACAUACCUAGUAUUAUCUACCCAGGGCAGGUAACCACACAUUAUACAUACCUAGUAUUAUCUACCCAGAGCAGGUAACCACACAUUAUACAUACCUAGUAUUAUCUACCCAGGGCAGGUAACCAGGUAACCACACAUUAUACAUACCUAGUAUUAUCUACCCAGGGCAGGUAACCACACAUUAUACAUACCUAGUAUUAUCUACCCAGAGCAGGGAACCACACAUUAUACAUACCUAGUAUUAUCUACCCAGGGCAGGUAACCACACAUUAUACAUACCUAGUAUUAUCUACCCAGGGCAGGUAACCACACAUUAUACAUACCUAGUAUUAUCUACCCAGAGCAGGUAACCACACAUUAUACAUACCUAGUAUUAUCUACCCAGGGCAGGUAACCACACAUUAUACAUACCUAGUAUUAUCUACCCAGGGCAGGUAACCACACAUUUAUACAUACCUAGUAUUAUCUACCCAGGGCAGGUAACCAGGUAACCAGGUAACCAAUAAAACACUGCCUGCAGAAAGUAUUCAAACCCCUUUCACUUUUUCCACAUUUUGUUAAAAUACUGUUAUUAAGUGGGAUUGAAAUUGAACUUUUUUGGGGGGGAGAAACAAAUGUAACAUUUUGGAAAUGCAACAUAUAUAUAUAUAUAUUUUAAAUACAUUUACAUUUACAUCAUUUAGCAGACGCUCUUAUCCAGAGCGACUUACAAAUUGGUGCAUUCAACUUAUGAUAGCAAGUGGGAUUACUUUAUACUAUUCCAGGUAUUCCUUAAAGAGGUGGGGUUUCAAGUGUCUCCGGAAGUAAAUAAAACACAAAUAUAUCUUGAUUGGAUAAGUAUUCUACACCCUGAGUCAAUACAUGUUAGAAUCACCUUUGGCAGCCAUUACAGCUGUAAGUCUUUCUGGGUAAGUCUCUAAGAGCUUUGCAUGCCUGGAUUGUACAAUAUUUGCACAUUAUUCUUUUUUAAAUUCUUCAAGCUCCGUCAAGUUGGUUGUUGCUCAUUUCUAGACAGCCCUUUUCAAGUCUUGCCAUAAGAUCUUCAAGAUGAUUUAAGUAAAAAUUGUAACUAGGCCACUCAGGAACAUUCAAUGUUGUCUUGGGAAGCAACUCCAGUGUAUAUUUGGCCUUGUGUUUUAGGUUAUUGUCCUGCUGAAAGGUGAAUUUGUCUCCCAGUGUCUGUUGGAAAGCAGACUGAACCAGGUUUUCCUCUAGGAUUUUGCCUGUGCUUAGAUCUAUUGUUUCUUUUUAUCCUAAAAACCUCCCCAGUCCUUGCUGAUGACAAGCAUACCCAUAACACGAUGCAGCCACCAACAUGCUUGAAAAUAUCAAGUGUUACUCAGUGACGUGUUGUGUUGGAUUUGCCCCAAAUAUAACGCUUUUUAUUCAGGACAUAAAGUGAAUUUCUUUGCCACAUUUUUUUUAGUUUUACUUUAAUGCCUUAUUGCAAACAGGAUGCAUGUUUUGGAAUAUUUUUUAUUCUGUACAGGCUUCCUUCUUUUCACUCUGUCAUUUAGGUUAGUAUUGUGGAGUAACUACAAUGUUGUUGAUCCAUCCUCAGUUUUCUCCUAUCACAGCCAUUCAACUCUGUAAGUCACCAUUGGCCUCAUGGUGAAAUCACUGAGCGGUUUCCUUCCUCUCUGGCAACUGAGUUAGGAAGAAUGCCUGUAUCUUUGUAGUGACUGGGUGUAUUGAUACACCAUCUAAAGUGUAAUUAAUAACUUCACCAUGCUCAAAGGGAAAUUCAAUGUCUGCUUUUUAUUUCUACCAAUAGGUGCCCUUCUUUGCGAGGCGUUGGAAACCCUCCCUGGUCUUUGUGGUUAAAUCAGUGUUUUAAGUCCACUGCUCGACUGAGGGAACUUACAGAUAAUUGUAUGUGUGGGGUACAGAGUUGGGGUAUUCAAACAAAAAUCAUGUUAAACACUUAUUGCACACAGUGAGUCCAUGAAACGUAUUAUGUUACUUGUUAAGCAAAUUUUUACUCCUGAACUUUAGGCUUUCCAUAACAACAGGGUUGAAUAUUUAUUGAUUCAAAACAUUUCAGUUUUAACAUUUUUAUUAAUCUGUAAAAAAAAAAAAAUAGACCAGUGACGUCUCAAUUUAAUAAAUGUUUAAAUCAGGUUCUAAUACAACAUUUAGAAAAAAUCAAGGGGUGUGAAUACUUUCUGAAAGUCCUGUACCUAGUAUUAUCUAACUCUAAAUAGUUUUUAACACCCAUUAAAAUUAUAUUAUAAUUUCAAUGUCCGGGUUUGUCUCACAUUUACAUUUUAGUCAUUUAGCAGACGCUCUUAUCCAGAGUGAGUGAGUGCAUACAUAUAUUAUAUAUUAUUUUUUCAUCAUGGCCCCCCCCCCCCCCCCCCCCCCCCCCCCCGUGGGAAUCGAACCCACAACCCUGGCGUUGCAAACGCCAUGCUCUACCAACUGAGCUACACGGUGUCUUAAAAGUUAAAGCACUGAUUUUGUUAUUUUGUCUUUCAAGUCAACAUUUCUUACUGACACUUUUGUUCCAAGUCUAAGUGACUUUCAUGAGACUGAUCACCAAACUGUGUUGUGUUUUUAGUCCUAAUGCAGUGCUUUGUUUUUCCUAGCUAGACUACAAGAGACGAGCAACCGAGACUGACUGAGUCAAUAUGAUGUGAAGCUAUUGAAGAUGGGAUUUGUUUUUAUUCUCUCGCGGUUUAAUUCUCGACAAUCUGGUCCAUCCUUCAUAUACUUUUAUUUCAUUUUAUUUGUGAAACUUGACAGAUUUUUGUUGUUGUUUUUUUGAUAUUGCUGAAAGUAAAUUAAAAUACUCUGUCAAGUUGU